GCAAAUACGGGACUUUUCGAAAUUGAUUUCGACUGAGUUUCUUUGCGUCUUCAAAAGCAAAGGGUCGGGCGGCGACUCCUUGGACUCCCGUCUCCAGACUUUCCAGGCCCAUCGAGAAAGGCGUGUUUUCGAGCAAUAACCGACCCAGACCUCCUUUUGCUUCUUGGCGUUACCCCAGUUUCGUUUCACCUGAAUGUAUGCUUUCCUUCGAGUUUAGUUCUGGCGUGUAUAUGCGAAACAAUUCGUCAGCAGCGCUGCAGGAAACUGGCGUGUGGCACAACGCGUGGCGCGCUCGCAGUAAAUUGCCGACGGCUUUCUUCAUCGACAUUUCUUCAUUUAGUGUAGGUUCGUUCUUUUCUUCGCAUUCUCUGGCGAAUAACACAAGUUCGACACCACCUUUUGUGUGCAAAAAGCGAUUUGUGACGGCGCCGAUAUACCUUCGUUUCCCCCGCUACCACGAAGAAGAAUUCGCAAUCUUUUUUCCGACCCUGUCAAGUUCACCAGCACCCGCCCCCCUCGGCAAAAUGGCGAUGGACGACGCAGAGGCCCAGCGGCAAAUCCAGCAGAUGGUCAAGUUCAUUCUGAACGAGGCCCGCGACAAGGCACAGGAGAUCGAAGCUCGGUCUCUCGAGGACUUCAACAUUGAGAAGCUGAAGUUGGUGCAACAGAUGAAGGACAAGAUUCGCCAGGAGUACGAGAAGAAGGCGAAGAAACUCGAAACCCAGAGAGCCAUCGACCGAUCGACUGCGGUCAACAAAGCUCGCCUGCGCCGAAUCUCUGCUCAGGACCAAGUCCUAUCCGAGGUGUACAGCCAGGCCAUGACGCAGCUUUCCGCUGUUAGCCGCGACCGAGCGAAAUACCAGAAGCUUCUUGAAGACUUGAUUGUCCAGGGUCUUUUGCGCCUUCUCGAGAGCGAAGUUAUCGUUCGCUGCCGCGAGAUGGACAAGGCACUGGUGGAAGCUGUGCUUCCGAACGCGGUGAAGAGAUACAGUGAAAUCAUGCGCACAGAGGCGGGCCUGCACAAGACAGUUACAGCUACUCUCGAUAAAUCGGGUCGAUACCUCCCGCCUCCGCCAUCGGCCGACAAUGAUGGAAUGUCGUGCUGCGGUGGCGUAGUGCUGAUGACUCGUGAUGGCCGCAUCACCUGCGAUAACACCUUCGACGCUCGCUUGCGCAUGGUCAUCGUUGAAUGUGCACCGGCGAUUCGCCAUACCUUAUUCCCGAGCCAUCAAUGAAGGCGGGGAUGUAGCUUCGUUGACUUUUGAAAAGCCGCUUCCCCUGUGGCGUCUGCUUGGGAACUGCGUUCAGUUACAACCUACAACUGUGUGUUUAGGAUGUUUCGGAAGCAACCUCGGGGGGCGGGGGGUGGGGGGGAGGACGAAAACUCGCUCGCAGCGCCGGGACCAUUUUCACCGAGGAGGCUCGUUUUUCAGGAUCUUUCGUGGAAGUUUGCACCUGCCGUGCGUCUCGCCGUUUUAUGUGUCUGUUCGACUUCUUGCAAACACGGCAGGGAAGGGCGGCAGACCAUGUACACGGGCCGACGCUGGGAUUUUCCAGUGUCCGAGAAGGGAGCAUGUUUCUCUAGAACUUUCGGAACCGAGAGUCCGAAAAAGAUACAAAGAAGCCAGAGCGCCUCUCCGUGCGCAAAAAUCGCAUGGAGCUGCGGUGUACGGGGAGAGAGUUGAUAUUAGUGGCUGUUCUGCAGCGACGAACUGAGUACCGGGGGGAGUUGGCCGAACUUCGAAAGGAUGUGACGAGAAGUGGAGUGUGCACAAGCACAAAACGACACUUGUAUAACUUGUGUGUCGUGGGGCAUUCAAACGUAUCCAGGAAGUCCUUUAGGUCGAAGCGUGGAAUGGGGGAACGACGCGAGAGAAAAAGACGGCGGCGUGGACGACGGGGAGACCACCGGUCUUCUCUAAAGGGCGCCCGCGGGGACUACGAAGACGCAACGUUCGUUUUGACUCCACACUGCCUAUUUGAUUCGUUUUACGGGUCGAUACAGCGCGUGUCUUUGAAGCUGUUCCCUGUUCCAGACGUUUUCUAACGGAGUCAUUGGUCCUCUCUGCCGUGGAAACUCGAAACAAAACAUACCCAUAAAACGAGCAGG